UUGGAGAGAAAGGGCCAUGGGCCGUAGUAGCCCCUCCCCCCUUGCUAUUUAAUCAAAAAAGAAAAAGAAUAUUAUAAAUGCAUGAGAAAAAAGUUCGAAACAUUUCUCUCUGGGCGUUUCUCCUUCGGGGUAAGAUCAGGUUGGAUUUGUUGGAAAUGGGAAGACUAUUCGUGAUCGACCUCCAAGGAGAAACCUAUAGCUGCAAGCAUUGCCACACUCCUUUCGCACUCACCGAUGAUCUCAUCUCCAAGUCAUUUCACUGCAAGCAUGGAAGGGCUUAUCUUUUCGAAAACGUUGUCAAUGUGACUGUUGGAGAGAUGGAGCAUCGUAUCAUGAUGACUGGUUGGCAUACUGUAGCUGACAUCUUCUGCGUUUGUUGUGGCUCUCUUGUUGGCUGGAAAUACGAAAUUGCAUACGAGAAGUCUCAGAAGUACAAGGAAGGAAAAUUCAUCAUUGAAAGGUUUAAAGUGCUUGGACCCGAUGGAGGCGGAUACGACAUGAACGAGGACGAGCCCAUGAUUGGAAGUGACGAAGAAUAAAACCGGCUUUUCUUUUUACCACCCCCUCUAUAGUUAUUGGAGAUAUUUUUGGCAAGUGGUCAAUGCAAAAACUCCACAAUUUUUCUCGGGUAAGCCAUAAGUAAGUAAAGAAGAAAACCAGAUAUUUAUAAACUUAAUUAUAAUUGAGUACCAAAAUCGUCUUUAGAAAACUUGUUUCGAACGAAUUAAUCUCCAAUUCAGACACUAACUUUAGUAUAUGCGUGCUUCUACUUGCAUGUUUCUUGUAACAAGAUCUAUAUAAAUGAAUUUUCCUUGCGAGAA